AUGGCCGGUAAACGAACUCGCGCAGCCUUCGAGGCCGAUUUGCAAGCGCAUCAGUCCCCCUACGCCUUCUUCGGAACUCCUCUUCCCCCGCUGGAUGAUCGCGUCCGCGACGAUGGCUCCUACGAGCCGAUCUGGAAACAGGAGGUGACCGAUGACCGGGGAAGGAAACGCCUUCACGGCGCCUUCACCGGUGGUUUCAGUGCCGGGUGA